AAUUCUAGAAAGAUGGAGGGUGCAAAUGAUAAAGAAGGAGAAGAAGAGGCUCAGGAGAGUGCAUCAUCAGAAGGUGCAGCAUCUGCUACUGUAGAGGAUGAGGAGGAGUUUGGAGGACCAGUGUUCUCCCCUCCGCUCUACAGGCAGAGGUACCAGACUGUCGCUGAUCUGGUCAAAAAGUACAAGCCGAAAAGGUUGUUGGACUUUGGAUGUGCAGAAGGGAAGCUGAUCAAAUUUCUCAAACCAGAGGAAAGUCUGGAACAGCUGACUGGUGUUGACAUUGAAGGAGAGGUGCUGGAGUCUAUAAGGGGGAUCAUCAAACCCCUUUUGUCCGACUACAUACAGCCGCGGCCACGCCCUUUCACCGUCAGCCUGUACCAGGGCUCCAUCGCUGAGUGUGACGACAGGUUCAAGGACUAUGACAUGGUCACAUGUGUGGAAGUAAUUGAGCACCUUGACCCUCCAGUUCUGGAUGCCAUGCCGUCCAACGUGUUUGGCCACAUGAGACCCUCGGUGGUGGUGGUCACUACUCCUAAUGAGGAGUUCAAUGUCCUCUUCCCAAACUUCAGUGGUUUCCGCAAUGCAGACCACAGGUUUGAGUGGACAAGGCAAGAGUUCCAGGAAUGGGCAGAAGAUGUUGCUUGUCGGUUCAGCUACAGCGUGACGUUCCACGGUAUCGGUACAGGACCGGAGGGUACAGAACAUCUGGGUUGCUGCACACAGAUGGCCAUCUUUGAGAGACUAGAAACUCCACAGGACCAGAAGUCAGCUGUCUUGUGGGGAACACCUUAUCAACUGAUAGCAGAAGCAGUCUUCCCAUACAGAGAGAACACAUUAUCCGCAGAAGAGCAGAUUGUACAGGAAGUCCAGUACUACAUCAGACAGAUCCUUCAGCGUAGGGUCCACAGUGAAGAGGAAGAAGAUGAUGAUGAUGAUGUAGCAGCUUCCGAGGAAGUCUCCAUUCCUCUGGACAUUUUGAUGAAGUUCCAGGGUUUGAAGAGAGUUUGUCCUGAUGUACAGAGUCUCCAGGCUGCUCUGGUGGGGUCCGAUGUGAGACUUAGCCUGGAUAAAACUGCUGUGGUCUGCUCCAUGGACCGGGAUGAUGAUGAUGAUGAUGAUGAUGGUUGUUACAGUGUGACCUCAGAGGGUUCUGGUGGAAAGUUUGAUGAUGCAGAAGAUGACGACACACUGCAUAACUUUGACUACUGCAGAACAGACACUGGACGUUCUGCAUUACCUCUGAUAUGUGAAGAGGACUGGGUAUGAUUUCAUUGAUGCGUGCCCUUAGUGUCUACAUUCCUACCCUGGUAACCAUACCAUAGUGAGCUCUUCGCUAUCGAUCUCUGCAUAACCAUAACUUUGUGAGCUCACUGCAAUCUCUACGGAGCUAAGGGUGUUUCCCUCCUACAUGCCAGGGAAUACUUAUGGGAUUGGGUUCAAUUACUUUGCUCUACGGGCUGGUAUUGAUUAGACAGGCCAGCUGCAAAGACAGACUAUUUCUUAGUAGGUCUCUGGCCAAUAAAACAUCCAGAUGCUGAUAAUAUGCUAUGUAACUAAGCUACCUCCAGUUGUUAAAGAAGCUCUCGGAAUAAGUCCCGUUGAUUGUAAGCUUGCAUAUUUAUGCUGGUGGAAAAAAUAACUGUUAGUAUUUGCAUAAUCAUAAAUCUGUAAUGGUAUUUUUAGUUUGAAUCUGCCCCUUUUUCUAUUAAUAUGAAUCACAUCUUUUCACUGUUGAAGUUUGAUAGUAACGUUUAUUAGAAA